GUAAGUGUGACUGUAGAUGUUGAAUUCACCUUACGGAAAAUAGACAGAUUUUGUGUUGUUUUUCAGUUCUCUCUUCCUUUUUUAAAACUCCGGUAAACGAAUAUUCUGUUGUGAUGGGUGGUUACGGGGUGAUGGCGAAUGAGGAAUCUCUAGAUUAUUCUGUGCAUGAAGCGUGGAACGAGGCUACCAAUGUUUACCUUCUCGUUAUUUUGGUUAGCUUUGCACUGUUGAUGUACGCCAGAAAGAAUAAGAGGAAGAUCAUGCGCAUCUUCUCAGUGCCACCUACAGUGGGAACUAUACCAGAGCCAAACUUCUACGACAGUCUACAGAAGGUUCGGCUAAGGCAACAACUAGAAAUGUAUUCUCUUGCACGAAAGUUCGAUCAACAGCAUCAGCAAAUACAGGCUCAGGAGAGUGUGCAGCUUUCAGUGGAGUGAGAGAGAGCCUCGGGUGAAGGGGUAUUAACUGUGCAAAUGUGAAUAUGCUACGUGGCUGAUACGUUAUUUUAUAUAUAUAUAUAUAUAU